GUUUUACUGGCCUCCUGUGUGAGGAGAAUAUCAACAACUGUGAUCCUGAUCCUUGCCACCAUGGGGAGUGUCAAGAUGGAAUUGAUUCAUACACAUGUAUAUGCAAUCCUGGCUACAUGGGUGCUAUAUGCAGCGAGCAGAUAGAUGAAUGCCACAGCAAUCCUUGCCUCCAUCAAGGGCGCUGCAUUGAUUUGGUGAAUGGCUACCAAUGCAACUGUUUGCUGGGCACGUCAGGAGUGAACUGUGAAAAUAACUUUGAUGACUGUGCAAGUAACCCAUGCAUUCAUGGGGACUGUAUUGAUGGCAUUAAUCGCUACAAUUGUGCUUGCAAACCGGGAUUUACAGGCCCACGUUGUAAUGUGGACAUUGAUGAAUGCACAUCCAACCCCUGUCAUAAUGGUGGAACAUGUAUAAAUGAAGUCAAUAGCUUUCGGUGUGUAUGUCCUGAAGGAUACCAUCAUCCUCACUGUCAGUCACAGGCAGAUGGCUGUCUUAGUAAUCCCUGUGUACAUGGCAACUGCACACAUAUUGCUAGUGGGUACAAGUGUGUAUGCGACCCAGGCUGGAUAGGAGAUUAUUGUUCAACAGAAGGGAAUGAAUGUAAAUCAAACCCAUGCCAGAAUGGAGGAACCUGUGAGGAUCUGCUGAAUGGAUAUAGAUGUACCUGUAGGAAAGGAUUUAAAGGUGUGAACUGCCAGGUGGUGGUUGCUCCUUGUUCCCCUGAUCCUUGUGAGAACUCGGGAAUUUGCCAAGAAUCUCCUGACUCUGAAAGCUACACCUGCCAGUGUGCCCCUGGCUGGGAAGGGGAGAGAUGUACAGUGGAUAUUGAUGAAUGUCUCUCCAAGCCCUGCAAAAAUCAUGCUCUGUGCCAUAAUAUUCAGGGCAGUUACCUGUGUGAAUGUCGGCCAGGCUUCACUGGAGGAGACUGUGACAGUAACAUCGAUGACUGCCUUUCAAAUCCCUGCCAAAACGGAGCUUCCUGUGUGGAUGGAAUAAACUCUUUCUCGUGCAUCUGCCUACCUGGGUUUCAUGGAGAUAAAUGUCAAACAGAUACCAAUGAAUGUCUCAGUGAACCUUGCAGAAAUGGAGGCACAUGCACCCACUAUGUCAACAGCUACACAUGCAAAUGUCAGCCUGGGUUUGAGGGAACCAACUGUGAGAACAACAUUGAUGAAUGCACUGAGAGCUCCUGUUUCAAUGGAGGUACUUGUGUGGAUGGGAUUAAUUCCUUUACUUGCCAGUGUCCGGUGGGGUUUACAGGACCCUUCUGCCUCACGGAAAUUAAUGAGUGUGAUUCACGUCCUUGUUUGAACAAAGGCUCUUGCGUGGACAGCUUGGGCACAUACCGAUGUAUAUGUCCUUUGGGUUAUACUGGGAAGAACUGUCAGGCACUUAUGGAUCUGUGCAGCAAGUCUCCCUGUAAGAAUAAAGGCACGUGUGUCCAACAUGGAGCCCAGACUCGAUGUGUCUGUCCAUCUGGCUGGACUGGUGCUUACUGCGAUGUGCCAAAUGUCUCCUGUCAAGUGGCAGCUUCGCGAAGGGGAGUCUCAGUGGACCAGUUGUGCCAGCACUCUGGUCAUUGCCUCAAUGUGGGAAACACACACCACUGUCAGUGCCAAGUGGGUUACACUGGCAGUUACUGUGAGAUGCAGCUGGAUGAAUGUGACUCCAGCCCCUGCCAGAAUGGUGCUACCUGCCGGGAUCACCUGGGUGGAUACCAGUGCGAGUGUGUGCCUGGGUACCAGGGUGUCAACUGUGAAUAUGAAGUGGAUGAGUGCCAGUUUCAGCCCUGCCAGAAUGGAGGAACAUGCAUAGACCUCGUCAAUCACUUCAAGUGCUCCUGUCCGCCAGGAACUCGGGGCCGUUUCUGUGAGGAGAACAUCGAUGACUGUGUUUCGGACUCAGGAGUACCUCACUGCUUCAAUGGAGGGCAGUGCAUUGACCAGAUCGGGGGCUACAGCUGCAUUUGUCUCCCAGGCUUUGCAGGCGAGCGAUGUGAGGGAGAUAUCAAUGAAUGCCUCUCUAACCCUUGUAACCCUCGUGGAAGUCUGGACUGUGUUCAGCUGAUAAAUGAUUAUACAUGCAUCUGUCGUAGUGCUUUUACUGGGCGUCACUGUGAGAGUGUCAUAGAUGUGUGUCCCCGGAAGCCUUGUCAGAAUGGAGGUACCUGUGCUGUUGCCAGCAAUAUGCCGGAUGGGUUCAUCUGCCAGUGUCCGCCGGGUUAUUCUGGAGCAAAAUGUGAAUUCAGCAGCCACAGUACUUGUGGACAGGUGAAAUGCAAGAAAGGGGAGCAGUGCAUCCAGACAUCAUCUGGUCCACGGUGCUAUUGCCCCAAGCUAUCUGUGGGAGAGGAAUGCCAGACAAACACGGGUUGUGCCAGUGCCCCCUGCCAGAAUGGGGGAAGCUGCCACCCUCAUUCUCAGCCUCCGUACUAUUACUGUCAGUGCCCUGUUCACACCCAAGGCAGCCAGUGUGAACAGCCCAUAACUUUCAGCCCAGAGCCCCGAGGAUGUUUGGAUUCCCAGUGUGCGGAAAAAGCAAAAGAUGGCUAUUGUGAUGAAGACUGUAACACUCAUGCCUGCCAGUGGGAUGGAGGCGAUUGCUCCCUGACAAUGGAAGAUCCUUGGGCCAACUGCUCCUCUUCAUUGCGCUGCUGGAUGCUUUUCAAUGGACAGUGUGACGAGUUCUGCAACACACCUGAGUGCCUGUUUGACAACUUUGAGUGUCAGCAAAAUAGCAAAACAUGCAAGUAUGACAAGUAUUGUGCGGAUCACUAUGCAGAUGGCCGCUGUGACCAAGGCUGUAAUAGUGAGGAGUGUGGCUGGGAUGGUCUGGACUGUGCUGGUGACAAAGCUGAGAAGCUGGCUGAAGGGACCCUGAUUAUUGUGGUCUUGAUGCCCCCUGAUGAGCUGCUGGGUGAUGUUCGCAGCUUCUUGCGCACUUUGGGAACUCUAUUGCACACCAAUCUGAGAAUCAAGCUGGACUCCCAGGGAAAUCCCAUGGUAUUCCCAUACUAUGGGGAGAAAUCUGCAGCACGGAGUCGGCGAUCACUUGUGGUCAUUCGCAAGCACAGAGAACUAGAGCAAGAGGUCAUUGGCACCAGGGUGUUCCUAGAGAUUGACAACCGUCAGUGUGCAGAGGAUUCAGAGCAAUGCUUUCAGAACACAGAAGCUGCUGCAGCUCUCUUAGCUGCUCAGGCUAUCAAGGGCAUGUUGCCAUAUCCUUUCGUGUCUGUCCAAAGUGAACCCUUGUUACCACCGAAGACCCAGUUGCUUUACCUACUUGCUGUGGCAGCUUUGAUCAUCCUCUUAAUCCUUCUUUUGGGUGUGAUGAUGGCAAAGCGUAAGCGCAAGCAUGGUUCGCUGUGGCUCCCAGAGGGCUUUAUUCUGCGCAGGGAUCCUAGUAAUCAUAAGCGCAGAGAGCCAGUUGGGGAAGAUGCUGUUGGACUCAAAAAUCUGUCAGUCCAGAUACCAGAGGGUAACCUGGCAGAUUCUGGACCAACUGAACACUGGGCGGGUGAUGGUGGACCUCAGCCAAAGAGAGCAAAGGCUGAGGAUCAAGCCUUGCUCCCGGAAGGUGAUGAGCAGAUAGAUCAGCGCCAGUGGACACAGCAGCACUUGGAGGCAGCAGAUGUCUGUGGGAGCAUGUCACUAGCCCUUACACCACCACAAGCAGAUCAAGAAGUGGAUGUUCUGGAUGUCAAUGUCAGAGGACCAGAUGGAUGUACUCCACUUAUGUUGGCAUCUCUGCGUGUGGGCAGCUCCGAUAUCAGCGAGGAGGAUGAGGAUGCAGAAGAUUCCUCAGCAAAUAUAAUAACAGAUUUGAUCUAUCAGGGUGCCAACCUGCAGGCCCAGACAGACCGCACUGGGGAGAUGGCGCUGCAUUUAGCAGCCCGUUACUCAAGAGCAGAUGCUGCGAAACGUUUGCUAGAUGCUGGUGCGGAUGCUAAUGCCCGGGACAACAUGGGGCGCACUCCUCUGCAUGCAGCUGUAGCUGCUGACGCCCAGGGUGUCUUCCAGAUCCUGAUCCGUAACAGAGUGACAGACUUGGAUGCUCGCAUGAAUGAUGGAACAACCCCGUUAAUUCUGGCUGCACGUCUGGCUGUGGAAGGAAUGGUGGCUGAGCUAAUUAAUUGCCAGGCAGAUGUGAAUGCCGUAGAUGACCAUGGUAAAUCUGCUCUUCACUGGGCUGCCGCUGUCAACAACGUGGAAGCAACACUAGUGCUGCUGAAAAAUGGAGCCAACAGAGACAUGCAGGAUAACAAGGAGGAGACACCACUCUUCCUUGCUGCACGGGAAGGCAGCUUUGAAGCAGCAAAAAUCUUGCUGGACCAUUUUGCCAAUCGAGACAUCACGGACCACAUGGACCGCCUGCCCCGAGAUGUGGCCCAGGACCGGAUGCACCACGACAUUGUGCAGCUUCUCAAUGAGUACAAUGUGGCACACAGCCCUGCUGGGCACCCAGGUGCCAUGCUGAACUCUGCUCUCUCCCCGGUUAUCUGUGGCCCAAAUAGGUCCUUCCUCAAUCUGAAGCACACUUCGUUAAGCAAGAAGUCUCGAAAACCGAAUGCCAAAGGCAUCAUGCCCACAAACCUCACCAAAGAUGCAAAGAGGAGAAGGAAGAAGUCCCUCAGUGAGAGCAAAGGGCAGUUUUCGGAGAGCUCGGUGACCCUGUCACCAGUUGAUUCCCUAGAAUCACCCCAUGCUUUUGCAUCCGAACCAACGUCGUCUCCUGUGAUGCCAUCACCAGGCGUGUUACACUCAUCACCCAGCUCACUGCUGACUGCUCCAUCUGUGCAAGCUGCACACACAAUGUCCUUCUCCAACCUUCAUGAGAUGCAGCCCUUAGGUCGUGGAUCCAGCACAGUGCUCCCAUCUGUCAGCCAGCUGCUUUCGCAGCACAGAACCAGCCCUCCUAACAGUGGGCUCAGCAGGCUCCGGCCAGCCAAUGUUUCUGCCGAGUGGAUGAACCGAAUGGAGGUGAAUGAGUCCCAGUACAAUGAGAUGUUUGGCAUGGUGCCGCAGGUGAUGCAUUCACACCCCACUGUUUCUCAGCAGAGCAGUUUAGUUCAAGCAGAUACAAAGCACAUGGGAGUGUCCAGGGAGUCUCUGCCCCCUAUCAUGACUUUCCAGCUGGUUCCCAAGGGUGGCAUAAAUCAGCAAGCACUGCCACAGCAGGCCCAGUCAAACUGCGCUCAGAACAUGGCUGGUCCUCUUAGCUCCAUGUACCAGAUACCGGAUUUAGCUCAGCUCCCCAGUGCCUCAUUCUCCAUGGCUGCCCUCCCUCAGCAGGACGGGCAAGUGGCUCAGACAGUCCUCCCAGCCUACCACCAGUUCCAGAGCUCAAUGGGGAAGUACCCCACACCACCCUCACAGCACAGCUGCUACUCCUCAGCCACAGAACGGACUCCUAGCCACAACCGGCACUUACAGGGGGAGCACCCAUACCUGACUCCAUCGCCUGAAUCUCCAGACCAGUGGUCCAGCUCCUCCCCACACUCUGCCUCUGACUGGUCUGAUGUGGCAACCAGUCCCAGUAACAAUCAGCGUGGGCCAGCCACCGCUCACAUGACGGAGCAGCAGCGGAACAACAUGCAGGUAUAUGCCUGAAGGCUGGCCUGAAAGUGAAACCCGAUUAAAAAGUGGACUCCAGAACUCAUGAAGGUCUUCCAGAAUGAAAAUGAAGAACCAUUUUAGUAUCCAAGAGUCUUAAUGAGCCUAGGCUGUUCUUUCCUUGGAGGGACUGUGGUCGCUGUAGGCGUUGUAUGCUUUUAUGCUAAACAGAGAACUGUAGAAGCUGGUGAUGGAGAAGACCAGCUGAGUCGCUUCUAGCCAACUCCCAUGCACCUUGGAUGUGAUUGCUGUCUGCACUGGAUUCUCCAGUCUGCUUUGAAAUAUCUUCCACCAUUUCUUUGGGGAGACAGCUCUUCAGCUUAAUGCAUCUCAUGGUCAUUUCUCCAGAAAUUUAGCCAAAACCAGCUGUGUAUCCUUAUUUUGUUACUACUUCUGUUACCCACAUAACCUCUCUCUGAAGCACCUUCUA